AUGCCGCGACUUCGGGCCGCACUGCCUGCUACCGACGAUGGCGACGGCGAGAGUCGACACGUCCCAACGUCACUCCCAAAUACGCCUUCUCUGGGAAAUCCAGAUCCCUCACUUGGGCUGCGUCCUACAUUUUCGGGAGAGUGGAAUGUUGAUCGGAGAGCCCGGACAAGCUCACCGCUCGUUGAUGCCUCAGGCAUCUUCCAGGAUGGUCACCUUCAAAACUUAGGAGAGCCGAAGCUACGAGGCAGCUUCCACGAAGACACUAGCCAUCCUAAAGAUGGACGCGGCGUUCUGCCUCUUGUGGAUCCGGCUGCCACAGCUGCAGCGAUUCAAGUAUCCGAGGCUGAAUUGGCAACGGCUCAGCUAGCUGGUCCGGUUCACCCGGACGUGGUGCCAUUGUUCACGCCCGUCGGUGCCAUUGGCGCGCAUGGGACACCUCACUCGCAUCUUGGCCGUCUGCCGGACGGCCGACUAGUUCAGCUCUACCCACCUGUGGAGCGAGCUUCACAAGCAUGUGAGCUGUGUCGACGGCGCAAGGCCAAGUGCUCUGGUGGCAUGCAAUGCGAUCGAUGCAAGAAGGCAAACAAAGAAUGCGUUUAUGCACAAGUCAACCCUACAAAGCGCUUCAAGGAAGAACGUACAACGGAUACUCUUACCAGAAAUUCUGGUCACGGACUGCUCGCCGCUCGCGCGCGUGGUCGACGUCGUGGCUAUGGAAGUUCCCGAGGCCUGAGAGGGUCAAAGCUCCGUCCAGACGGAAGCACGGCUAGCGCCAGUGUCGAAUACAACACUGACGGCUCAUCCACAAUCCCAUCUAUGAGCAGCUACAAUCACAGAAGCGCCAUGCCCGCACACCUUCAUGCUGCCAGCAACCCUAGUAUGUCGAGUCUUAUCGAUGCUGAGCUUGCGGAAGACGCGAACAAGAGCGCUUGGAAUCGCGGCCCAGGAGCUAUGCUGCACCACGCAGCGAACUCUCAAGGGUUACCGCAGACUGCUUCGAUGUCACCAAAUGCUUCCGCGAGCUCGGUCAGUCUGCCGCUCAGCGCCUCGCCACAGACAGGCUCGCCGUGGAUGGGCUAUCCGCAGCACUCGUAUGGCGGCCAUGCUUAUCAGAUGCCGUAUCCAUCGCACAAUUUCCAUGGACAAAAUGCGCUGGGUGUCCAAAUGUAUGCAGCUCACCCGGAAGAAGCAGCGAACAGCGGCAUCUCUUCGAGCUCUUCGUCGGUCGCGCCCCCGCCAUCGUAUGACGAGUACCAUCGAAAAAUGCAUACCGGCUCAGGCGCCGUCGCGAUCGAGAUGGGUCAGCACCAUAAUCCGUGGCUGCACACCCAGCAUGCGCAUUACAAUGCGCCACAGCCCUACGAGUACGCUGCCCACCAUCAAGCAGCCAUGGGCUCGGCACCGUUCGUGGACCAUCAUUCAUCGACCGAUAGCUCACGCUGGAAGCGCGACUUCAUCUCUGCGCAAGACUUUUCAUAG